UCCUCACCACCACUUCUACCCCAACACAUACUUCCUCACAUAGCAUCGACAUGUCUGGAACAACUGCAUCUGCCCCUGCGGGCAAGUCCACUGCCGUCUCUGGCUCAGGACCCGUCGCACCCGAGAUCCUCUGGGCCCAGCGAGCCAACGCAGACGAGGCUGAGAAGAACGUGAUUAUGCUCACCAUCAAUGUACCCAACCUGCCCGCACCGCCUGCCACAAAGAUCGACUUGACCUCUACUGGAUUCGACUUUCACGCAAAGACGGGCGACAAGGACAAGGGAAUCCCCGACAAGGAAUGGUCUUUCAAGCUAGACUUCUUUGCAGAGAUUGACCCAGAGGCCUCCAAGGUGUCACAAACAUCCAAGUCUUUGUACCUCGUCCUGCGCAAGAAGGAGUCUAGCGAGGAGUACUGGCCACGGCUCAGCAAAGACAAGGUCCGCUUGCACAACGUCAAGACCGACUUUGCCAAGUGGCGUGAUGAGGAUGAGCAGGAUGACCUUGAGGACCUCGACGCCGGAAUGGGAGGAAUGGGUGGAAUGGGUGGCAUGGACCCUUCGAUGAUGAUGGGUGGUGGAGGCGGUAUGCCCGGCAUGGGCGGCAUGGGAGGAAUGGGAGGUGCUGGCGGCAUGGGCGGCAUGGACAUUCAGAGCAUGCUCGCAAGCAUGGGCGGCGGAGGCGCUGGUGGCAUGCCAGACAUGUCUGCCUUUGGUGGUGAAGGAGACGACGAUGACGAGGGAGGCGAUGACGACAAGGCAGAAGCCUUGAACGCCGCUGCUGAGGAUGUUGAAGUCGCCGGAUCAAGCUCCAAGAUCGAAGAGACAUCGUAAGAGUUUACCGCGGUAGAGCACUGUCAUGAGUUGGCAAAUAUCAAAACAUCACAAAGCC